AUGACACCGCUCCAGACUGAGCUACUUCUGCAGCCCAUCAGGGUUUUGAUGGGGGGGGCUUCCAGGGUGGAUGGAGACGUGGAGCCAGAGGCACAGAGGGAGGGCGAGGAAGAGGAAGAGGAAGAAGAGGAAGAAGAAGAGGAGGAGGAAGAAGAGGAGGAGGAAGAGAAAGGAGAGGUUUUUCAGAGGGAGCUGGACUCUGCAGAGACUCUGAGCUCUCAGACAGAAGAGAUGAGCCCUACCCCCCAGGAGAGGGGAGUCCUGCACAUGGGGGGGGAGCAGAGGCCCGGGGAGUCCCAGCAGGACCAGCACCGGAGACCAAAAGAGAGGACGCUGGUGGACGGAGAGGAUGAGGAGCCCCUGACCUGCUACGGCCCCAUGAGCCCCACCUUCAAGGACGAGGUGAGCGGCCGGGCCUCCACAGACGGGAAAUGCACGAUCACAGAGAAGACUGAGUCCCUGAGGAGGAGCAGCAGCACAAAGAAGACGCCGCCGCCCGUCUCCGUCUCCAAGAUCGACAAGCGUCUGGAGCAGUACACGCACGCCCUGGAGGUGUCCUCAAAGGGGGGGCGAUCCGGCGGCCAGCAGCUGUCCGAGCUGACCGGCCCCUCCGAGCCCGUCGCCUCCAAGAAGAGCCUGUUCGAGGCCGGAGAGGCCUGGACCCAGAGCGCCCCCCCGGGGGCCGCCCCCAAGGUCAGGCCCAGCCCUGACCCUAACCCUAACCCUAACCCUAACCCCCGACAGGCUCCGGCCGGGCGGCAGCUCUGGGCUAACGUCUGGGCUAACGUCUGGGCUAGCGUCUGGGCUAGCGUCUGGGCUAACGUCUGGGCUAACGUCUGGGCUAACGUCUGGGCUAACGUCUGGGCUAACGUCUGGGCUAACGUCCGGGCUAACGUCUGGGCUAACGUCUGUUGUCAGGAUGCAGAGGGGCUGAAGGUGGCUGUGUCUGAGCUGAUAAACCAGUGGGUGAGAGGAGGAGAGGACGGAGGCCGGUGCAGCUCCCCCUCCAAACCCGCCGAGAUCAAACCUGGAGGGGUUCUAAAUAAGAAAAACUUAUGGGAGAGCCUUGGUGACACUUUGUCUUCCUCUAAGGAUGGAAAGGAGGGCUCUGCCAAAAGAUAUAAAUUUGUGGUGAUGGGCCACGGCAAGUAUGAGAAGGUCCCUGGAGAAAACAUCAGUGAGGAGGACCCAAACUGCCCAGCAGCUGAACAGGUCUACGAAGAUCUGUGAAACGAGUGCUCGGAUUACCUGGCUUUCCUUUGUUUUUCCUCAAAGCUGAAGGAUUACUAAAAUCCUGUCACUUCCUGUGAGUUUGUUGUAAUUCU